AAUUGGCGAAUUCAUUUAAUUCGCUUUGUAGAAAACGUGCGAACUUUUGCGGUACUCGGCCUUUAUCGUCUUGCUUGAUUAAAUAUUUUAUUUUACUUAUUUACGCAAUUUCAAUGGCCCCAACUGAAGCGGCAGAAGUCGCAGAAGAAACUUGUGCUCCAGAGACCGGUACUCAAAAGAAGGCCCCGAAUGGAACACCGCUUGGAAACUUCGCAUCAGUAGAGGAAUUCGCGAAGAAUGGCUUAGUUGAGAUAGUGGAGGCAACAAAAGCUGCGAACUCUUUUCCACAGGGUGCUGCUCGCGAUUUGUACAGCGCUUAUCCCACCUUUGGGCGGAUUGUGGAUGAGCAGUCAGACCGUAUACUAGGAUUGAUAUCGAAUGUUUUAAAAUGGCAAAAUGUAAAGGGCAAUAUACAGCGCCGUCAACAAGAUGAGCAGUUCGAAAUGCUUUUGGAGUGUAACGAUGCUAUUAUGGAGCGUUUGAACUCAAAUUUGGAUGAAUUGGCAGGAAUUAAGAAAAAUCCACAAACGAUUGUUGUGGAAUCGCAUUUAAAUGUAGCAUCUGGUAAACCUGCUUCUGGGUCUGGCGCUGGUAGUUGGAAUUUAAAGAAAAAUGAAACAUCUCCCGUAGCAGCACGCUUGAUUACCGCAAAAAAUAUUGCGCGACCGCAAUUGAAAUUUAAAGUUGCCGUGGACAACAGUGCACUGACACCUUUCAUUCCCAGAAUAAAGGAUAAACCAAAUUCAUUAAAACCCUUGGCAGUGCUACCAGAAUAUGAUGAACAUGGAAAUAUUAUCAGUUACUUACAUCCGUAUGAAUUUGAGCUAAUGAAAUUGCAAAUACCCGCAUCUCAGUUGAAGCCCUCCAACCCUGUAAUGCCUGCAAAAAUGGACGAAACUGAGCUCUUAUAUGUAGACACAAUUCCCAAAUUGAAUACAGCCGUAGAAGAGUUACGUCAGCACCGUGAAAUAGCCAUUGAUGUGGAACACCACUCGUAUCGUACCUUUCAGGGAUUCAGUUGCCUUGUGCAAAUCUCAACACGUGAAAAAGAUUAUCUAUUUGACGCUUUAGAGUUGCGUGAUGAAAUGCACAUACUCAAUAUUGUGUUGACGGAUCCAAAAAUAGUUAAGAUAUUUCAUGGCGCUGAUAUGGACAUUGAGUGGCUACAGCGAGAUCUUUCAUUGUACGUAGUGAACAUGUUCGACACACAUCAAGGAGCAAAGGCACUAAAUUAUGCCCGUUUAUCCUUAUCAUACUUACUCAAACAUUAUUGUGACAUUGAGGUUGAUAAAACAUUUCAAUUAGCCGAUUGGCGCAUUCGCCCACUACCAAACGAGUUGGUAUCGUAUGCCCGCCAAGACACACACUAUCUUAUUUAUAUUUUCGACCGUAUAACCAAUGAUUUGCUCGAAGCCGGAAGUCGGCAAACAAAUUUGCUACUUAACAUUUACCAACGCAGCACCGAAAUUUGCAAGAAACGCUAUGUUAAGCCACAUGUGACAGCCGAUUCGCACAUGGAUAUUUAUCGAAAGUCGAAACGUAUUUUCGACAAUCGCCAACUUUAUGCAUUGCGUGAAGUAUUUCAAUGGCGUGAUUCAGUUGCUCGACAAGAAGAUGAGAGCUAUGGUUAUGUCUUACCUAAUCACAUGAUUUUGCAAAUUUCCGAAAGUUUGCCCCGUGAAAUGCAGGGUAUACUUGCGUGCUGCAAUCCCAUACCGCCUUUGGUUCGGCAAAAUCUACACGUGCUGCAUCAAAUAGUGCUGCGGGCGAGGGAACAGCCACUGGUAAAACCCGUGUUUGAGACAGAAACGAUACAUCGCGUUGUAAGCACUAAUACCAAGGAUUACAACAGCAAGUUGUAUUGUCCACACGACCUUUCCCAUAACGAAGAGUUUCGCGAUGAUCUACCAACGUUGCUUAGUUUCCGCAACAACCCCAUACUGCCGUCGCCUGCUGAGGUUAACGUAAGAUUGGCAAAACCUGUUCUAAGCAUUUAUGAAACACCGGAGCCCUCAGAUGAAGAUGAAGAUCAGAGAAAACAAAAACAACUGUAUAGUAAUAUUAAGUUUGUUAGUCCGUAUCAGCGCUAUUUGGCCGUGUUACCGUUGGUCGAGAAAGAAAAGGCAGAAGAAGCUGCACGCAUUGAGGCUGAGAACAAAAAACGUCAGCUAUGCCCGGCUGCAAAUCCACUACUCGCCAAAACGGAGAUGGAAAUUAAAGUAGAAUCUGCUGAUGAUGAGUACAGUUUGCCAAUAAAAGAAAUACUAAAACGUACACAUGAGGAAGCAAUUGCGAAAAAGAGUAAGGCGAUGGAUCCAGAGGAGCCCAAGGCAAAACGCUUCAAAACUGUAACGCCUAUCGAUGAUAAACUGAAGUUUGUUAAUUUGCCACCCACUAAAAGAGAAUUACAAGCUAAUAAACAUGCGGCAAACAACACAGAAAUCAGCACUGCCGAUACAAAAACAAAACAGUCUGCUGCCUCAAACACUGCUAAUGAAUCUAGCAACUCUGUGCAUACAAUUAGUGAUGACUCGGAUAGUGCACCCGAAGAGAUGCCAUCUACGUCGCAAGCCCAUACACAGCAAAGAGUUCCGCAUCCACAGAUUGGCAAAAAGAAAUUUAAGAAUAAAAAUAUGAAAAACCGACAAAAAAGUAAUCAAUCUUCUAAUAAGCCCAUAGACGUCGUUAAAAGUUUUGACUACAAAAAUGUAGACUUUAAAAAAUUUCAAGGAGGAGCACAACGUGCUAAGGGUAUGGAAUUAAAACCACAGUUUCAUGGAAAAAGCAAUUCAAAUAAGGCAAAUAACAAAAAGUUUAAUAAAUUAUUUACAUUCAGCAAUGUGAGAGGUAAAAAGUAGCCAUCUGACUAUUAGGACUGCGUAGCACUUUCCCCUAGUUAACUAUCUGCGCUAGAAUUCUUGGACGUUAAACGAUUUGUGAAAUUUCUUUUAUAAUUUACAAUAUUUUUUAUUAUAUUUUAUAAAACUAUACUAGAGUGCAGUGUGAAAAUAUUUGCUUUGCGGUAAAAUACAAUAUUUCCUUACAGUUAAA